AUGAAGCUAAAAUUGUUAACGAUAUUUCUCCUCCUAAAUUCCUUCAAUUUCGUUUCGGCCCAGGGUAAUGCCGGAUCGCUAAUUGGGAUAAUAAUCGGCAUAAUAGCCGGUGUUGUGGUGAUCGUCCUAAUUUCACUAAUCUUCUACUUUUGCUACUUGAAGAAACGACGAUUAAAAGAUACUGGGGAUGAAAGACUAACUGCUCAAACAACAUCACAAAACCAACAAUCUACCUAUUACAAUCCUAACAAUUACGUUUCGAUUUCACAUCAAAAUCAACAAAAUAAUGCCCGAAGUCAUAGCUACAACAACGAUAAUAAUAAUAAUUCGUCAAAUAAUUUCACCAGCACAAAUGCAAGAUACAACCAACCACAAACAAGCCAACAAUUACCAUCACAGCCCCCACCGUAUUCUUCAAUACCAAACAACAACAUCCACGGCAACCAGAGAGCAAACAUCCAUUACACUGAAACUAGUGGCCGACACCCAGUCAGGGAAUCCUCGUCAUUAGGACACGACAAUCCAGCAUUUUUUAACAGGAGUGUCAGCAGUUUUGCAGACUUUCCAAGUAUGAGUGACAUCUUGCUUACAAGCAGUAAAAUGUCCAUACCCGCUGCUCUGAUGUUGGAGAAUAGAGGCUCUCAGUCCAACAAAUUUUCAGAGGGUGAGAGAGGUGACAGUAUACAAUCAAAGCAAGCAGUCAGACACGCAUACGACAACCCAAGAUUCUCAUAUUCACCAGAAAUGAAGACCAUGCAUAAUAGCACAAAACAUAAAAUCAACGUCAAAAAAGGAAACAGGGAUGUGCUGAAUGAACAUUUUGAAACUUACAGUGAUUCAGACUCUGAGAACGUCAACUUCGAUCCAAGUGAGAACUGGCUUGAUGCAGACCUGAGCAGAAGAUACAUAAAUAAAAACACGAAUGAAUUAGAUUACUACAGGCCAGCCAAACAAUCAAAAAAUCGUGUAACAUCACCUUCUACUGCUAGUAGCAGCGGGGAGAAUAAUUUCAAAUCAAAUAAACGUUCAAAUAACGAGGCAAGUAUUCACAAAACGUCAAACAGAAGAAAUGUGGAAGCAGACGAGAUGACAUCAUCCAUAGAUGCACCAAAAAAAAUCAGGACUAGCAACAAAAUUAAAAAAUCUAAAAAGAAAUCGGAUUCUAGUGAUUCGGGAGCAGAGGUUACGUUGGGAGAAAUUAGUAUGAACACCAAAGGAAAGGAUCCUAAUGGAACCUGUAAGAACAAAUCUUUUGAUAACAGACACAGUAAGGUUUCUUCUGAUUCUGGCGUCGAAGAAGGUGCAUUUUACGAUUCAAAAUUGAACAGAAUUAAAAAUAAUAGUUCAAAAUUGAAAUGGGCUGUUGUUGAUGAAAGUGAUGUCCUCUCAACGAUAUCUAGUAAUCAGUUGUCAACCGAAGUUUAG